AUAACCAUAAUGAUACCCUUCCAUUUCCUGUAAAAUCCCGUAUCGCAAUAAAUUGCUAAUGAAAACUUGGGGUGGAGUGGGAUGGUGACGCCGUCGCGGGCGUCUCUCCUGGACCUGUACUUAGGGGAAGCCUCGAUCCCUAAAAGCAGGUCUUAGCGAUCCGCCCAAGAAUGCCGCCGAUUACGCCCCACGAUGUCUCCCCUACUUAAACAACCUCAAUUCCCCUGUUCUUGGGUCCGGAUUCUGUUCUUGUGUCGUAUUCAGACUUCUCUCCCUCAUCGCAUCUCAUCUCCCUUUGUCCCGUUCCUCGACUCCUUCAUUGUUGGUGGUGUCAACCCUUCGGAAACGAUUCCCCACUUGCAAGAUCUUAUCUUUUUAGUCCGCUUCUAGAAUCUUUUUUCUCCCCUCUAUCAGAUCAAGACUCUCUCUCCCUCUCACCUUCACAUCCACCCCUUCACCAUGACUCAACCCUCUACCAUCACACAACGCUUCCUGUCCAAGCCCGGAAACCUGGGUGUGGUAGCAGUCGGCUUCAAUGGCGGCCAGUGCAAACUUGGCGUUGAGGCUGCCCCCAUGGCUCUGGUCGAGGCUGGUCUCCUCGAUCAACUCCGCGACGACCUCGGCUACACCCUCGACUAUGACGACACCGUCCACUACUACGAAAACCAGAUCCCCGCCGAGGACCCCGAUCACCGUGGCAUGAAGAAGCCCCGUGCGGUGAGCGCCGUGACCGAAGCGCUGAGCACACAGGUCUACGAGAAGGCCAAGCAGGGUCAAAUGGUCUUGACCCUGGGAGGCGAUCACUCGAUCGCUAUCGGAUCCAUCUCCGGCUCGGCCAAGGCUACCCGCGAACGCCUGGGUCGGGAGCUGGCCGUCAUCUGGGUUGAUGCGCAUGCCGAUAUCAACAUCCCGGAGAUGAGCCCGAGUGGAAACAUCCACGGUAUGCCCAUGGCAUUCUUGACUCGCUUGGCCCGCGAGGAGAAGAAGGACAUCUUCGGCUGGUUGCAGGAUGAGCACAUCGUCAGCACCCGUAAGCUGGUCUACAUUGGUCUGCGGGAUGUUGAUCGCGGCGAGAAGCAAAUCCUUCGGGAGCACGGCAUCAAGGCGUUCAGCAUGCACGACAUUGAUCGGUACGGUAUCGGCCGUGUGGUGGAGAUGGCUCUGGCCCACAUCGGAAACGACACCCCUAUUCACCUUUCAUUCGACGUCGAUGCUCUGGAUCCGCAGUGGGCUCCCAGCACCGGCACUCCCGUGCGUGGCGGUCUGACUCUCCGUGAGGGUGAUUUCAUCUGCGAGUGCGUGCACGAGACCGGUAACCUGGUCGCCAUGGACUUGGUGGAGGUCAACCCCAGCCUGGAGUCGGUAGGCGCCUCCGAAACCAUUCGGACCGGUUGCUCGCUGGUGCGCAGUGCACUGGGUGACACCCUCCUGUGAGCUGAUGUAGACUUAAUAGACUGGUAGAUGGCGACGGGAUGGGAAUUUUCUUGAUUCUUU